CAGACCCCUUCGGCGAAAUUUCAGAGAUUCUGAACUCUUUUCCUUUUGUGUAGAUUUUCAUCUUUGUUCAAGCUUUCUACUUUUCUAUCCACUACACGCGAACCCUCUCCCCUUUUAAAACCGAUUCCGCCACAAAAUUUUGCUAGCAAACACUGCAUGUUUGUUUGGCUGUGAGAAAACGAAGGAAAAGGUGCGAACUUUUGUUUUUGAGCUGAAGAGAGUACAAUUCGAUUUACUGUUUAACUGUGAGCUAGCAAGCAGACAAGGGAGAUUCAGCUGAGAAGGUAACAAUGCAAACGACGUACUUGGAGAGAUCAAGGGAGAAGCGAAGUUUGGAUUCAACCUCCGCUGAUGAAGAUGAACCUCAAAAGAAGAGACCUGCGUUGGCCAGUGUAAUUGUUGAAGCCCUGAAGGUGGACUGUCUGCAGAAACUUUGUUCAUCACUGGAGCCUAUCCUACGUAGAGUUGUUAGUGAAGAAGUGGAGCGUGCUUUAGCAAAACUAGGCACUGCCAAGCUUAGUGGGAGGACUUCUCCUAAGCAAAUAGAAGGUCAUGAUGUUGGCAAUUUACAAUUACAAUUCAAGACCAGGUUAUCUCUUCCUCUCUUUACCGGUGGGAAAGUGGAGGGAGAGCAGGGCACAGCCAUACAUAUUGUCCUGGUUGAUGCAAGCACAGGCCAUAUUGUGACAUCUGGUCCAGAGUCAUGUGCAAAAUUAGAUGUUAUUGUGCUUGAAGGGGAUUUCAAUAAUGAGGAUGAUGAUAAUUGGAGUGAAGAAGAAUUUGAGAGCCAUGUUGUGAAAGAGCGAGAAGGAAAGAGACCUCUUUUGACUGGUGAUCUGCAAGUGAUACUGAAGGAUGGUGUAGGUACAUUGGGUGAGCUUACAUUUACAGACAACUCUAGCUGGAUAAGGAGUAGGAAGUUCAGGUUGGGGCUCAAAGUUUCCUCAGAUUGUAAUGAGGGAAAGCGUAUUCGUGAAGCCAAAACAGAAGCUUUCACUGUUAAAGAUCACCGGGGAGAAUUAUACAAGAAACACUAUCCACCUGCCCUGAAUGAUGAGGUCUGGAGACUGGAGAAGAUCGGCAAGGAUGGGUCCUUUCACAAAAGGUUAAAUAGAGCAGGAAUAUUUACUGUUGAAGAUGUCCUUAGACUUGUGGUUAAAGACCCACAGAGGUUGCGAAAUAUUCUUGGGAGUGGCAUGUCAAAUAAAAUGUGGGAUGUCCUCGUUGAACAUGCAAAGACUUGUGUUCUCAGCGGAAAACUUUAUGUGUACUAUCCUGAUGAUGCAAGGAGUGUUGGUGUUGUUUUCAAUAACAUCUACGAGUUGAGUGGCUUAAUAGCUAAUGAUCAAUACUACUCGGCUGAUUCUCUCUCUGAUAGUCAAAAAGUAUAUGUGGACACAUUGGUGAAGAUGGCAUAUGAAAAUUGGAUGCAUGUAAUUGAGUAUGAUGGCAAGUCUCUCCUAAAUUACAAUCAGAAGACAUUGGGCACUGCUCAACUUCAACAUUUAAUGGAUUCCCAUAAUUAUUCAAAUUCAAACUUGCUUGAUCACCAGACCUCCUUCCCAAAUUCACCUGUUCCUGUACCUACAAGGCAACCUUCGAUGGAUCCAGGAGUAACAUUUGCAGGUUAUCAUGAUAGUGCAGCUACUAGAUUCUCAAUGCAACCGCAGAAUGCUAAUCUUAAUUCUUCAAUUCAGUACGAUAAGACAAUGUUCCCACUACCAAACCAGAUGAUGAGUGCUUCACACCAUGCUCAACUUCCAAGAAAUGGUCCAACACAAAUAGACACUCCUGGCUUACACACUAAUGGCAUUUCUAAUCCUAGUUAUAGAGGAUAUGAAGAUUACUUUCCAGCGGAGGAGAUUAGAAGCAGAAGUCACGAGAUGCUAGAGAAUGAAGAUAUGCAGCAUCUGCUACGCAUUUUUAAUAUGGGUGGCCAACCCCGCACUCCGUUAAAUGCCGAAGAUGGAUACCCUUGUUUAUCUAACUACAUGCCUACAGACUCCAUGAGCUACAACUUUGACAAUGAGCAGAACCGUUCGUCAGGAAAGGCCGUCGUGGGCUGGCUAAAGCUUAAGGCAGCUUUGAGAUGGGGCAUUUUUAUUCGGAAGAAGGCAGCUGAGAGGCGGGCUCAGCUCGUUGAGUUGGAUGACCUCUAGAAUACAAAACUGGUACACUCAUGAACAACAGCUUUUCUGGUGAUAGCAUCAAAUGCUCCUUGGCUGAGCUUCAGAAAUGCUAUGAUGCUGAAGUUUUACAGCAUAAGCAAGGAUAUGAAAUUCCUCAGCCUCAGCUGCCACUGUUACUUCACAAACAGU